CCGCUCUCCUGCAGCAACCUCCAAGCGCCUUCUCGCUCCCAGCGCAUGUCCCCCGAACCCGGAAAUCAGCAGCCGCCCGCGUUGCCAGCGCCAAGCCCACUGUUUCGUUUCUCCAAUUCUGAAAACCCGCCCCCAUUCCAGCCUGGGCUUGUAACCUGUUCGUUGACUUCGCCCAGACUUCCAUCUUGUCAUGGAGCAACCGGCACACGAGACGAUCGCGCCCGACGAACAGCGCGAGGCCGUCAGCGGCGAUCGCAUGGAAACACCAAAUCAUCCCGAUGACCACAACUUCGAUCAACCAAAUGGGCCAAACGGCUGCUCCCCAGGCCGGGGAAAUGAAACACCCAAAAAUCCCGAACCCGAACCCGAACCCGAACUUGAAUCCUCCUCCCUGCUCGAGAACUUGCCCGCCGAGCUCAGGGAUCAUAUUCUCUUCAGCAUGCCGGACUUGCUAACACUUCAAACCCUCGUUCGGGCCUCUCCCAUGAUGCAUGCGCAGUACCGUAGCAACCGCAACGCCAUCCUUGGUGCCGCUGUGGCCCGCGAGCUGGACGGUUUUCUUGUCGAUGCCUACGCUUGUGCCAUGUCGCGCAGGCAUGCCAUUGGGAAACCCCGGACAAAGGAGAAGAUCAUCGCCCACCUUGACGCUUACCGUGGUUGGAUGUCGGGCUCGCAGAUAGAUGUGGACGCGAUUCGGCCUAGCUAUGUUCGGUGGCUGUCGGCCUUUCAUUUGGACAUCAUUAAGCCCAUGGCUCACCAAUACAGCACGUGGGCGCUCCAAAACCUCUCUCGGGCAACUUCCCCAGCACAGGACCAAGGAACUGUGGAAACACCGGCGGUACCGCAGCCAGAUGUCGCGUUAAGUAGAAGCGAGGAGAUACGCAUUUUUCAAGCCUUGUACCGGUACGAGACGUACUAUCAUCUCUUCGGUUUCAAAAGUCUAGCCGAACGACAGGACAUCCUCCAUCUGAAUGAAAUCAACAACAACUUCUUUGGCUUGUUUAAUCCUUGGGAAGGAGAAGCUGUCGGAUGUAUCGACAUAUUCAUAAGGCAGAGGUACCACCAGAUCUUUGACGACGUCCAAGACGACUUGCACGCCGCGAACCCCGACCUCGACUUCAGGGACGACACAAAGCACAAUGAAGGAUCAAUCUAUGCCUGUACCCAGCGUGAAGAUUCCAUAGAUGGCGCCGUUGCACGGGGUCUCAGGCCCACAAUUGAUGUCUUCACAACCGAGGACCGUGAAACCCUCGUCGCCAAAGUUCACAAGUAUAUUCGUCCUAGCGUGCUGUUGGACGACCCGAUCAGGAGGACCCUUUUGCCGGCGGUACAGGCGCAGAGGCGCAGUACACAUCCCGAUGCCCGGGAUGAGGCCGAGCGACGGAAGGACGUGAUGGAAUUCGCCGGCGACGCCGUCCCGCCCAACGGCCCGCCGCUUGGGUGGGUGCUCUUAUGGAACGGAACCUAUGUCAACAUUUACGGAGAACACGUCCCUCCUACGGUCCAAAAAUGGGGUUAUGUCAUGUGGGAUGAGCGUCGGUGGAGCGAGCUGGAAGCCAAGACCCUCGUAUUGAAGCAGUGGGAGACGGAGCCGGACCGAAUCAAGGAUAUUGAGAUCUUCUACGGCUGGAAGCCCUCCGGGUUUUGAACAUGACUGAUGGGCGGCGUUGAAUAGUAAAUAGUUGGUUAUGUGGUAUCGUUGUUCCCUUCUUUUGUUAUCGCACGUGCCACUAUUCUCCUUCCGAAAACCCUAUCCCGAUAUUGCGGCAACGACCCCUGGACGACCGAGCCCGUUUU